UCUGGACUUGCACCUAUUCUUCCCCCGUUCCCCUCCUCUCCUCUCCCCCCUCCUUUUCCCUAUGUCUGCCUCGCUUCCUGGCAACCGGGACCUGCCUCCCUCCCAGUAUGAUCUGAGCACGUACUGGGGCCGCGUUCGUCAUGCGGCUGACAUCUCGGACCCCAGGAGGACGCUGUUUGUGUCCUCCUCCGGUUUGGAGCAGGCCAAGAGCCUCGUCUCCUCGUACAAGCAGAGCCUUGUCCCUGGCAUGACGCCGGACCUGUGGCGCGCGAAGAAGGUGGUCGAUGCGACUCUGCACCCGGAUACCGGCGAGCCCGUCUUUCUUCCCUUCCGCAUGUCGUGCUACGUGCUGUCCAACCUGGUGGUAACAGCUGGAAUGCUUACCCCGGGUCUUCAGGCCACCGGCACCCUCAUGUGGCAAAUCGCCAACCAGUCGCUCAAUGUCGCCAUCAACAACGCCAACGCGAACAAAUCCACCCCCCUCUCCGUCUCCCAGAUGACCAAGUCCUACCUCAUGGCCGUGUCGGCCUCCUGCUCCGUCGCGCUGGGGCUGAACGCCCUCGUCCCCCGCCUCCGGGGCAUCUCGCCCAACACGAAGCUCAUCCUCGGGCGGCUGGUGCCGUUCGCGGCGGUGGCCAGCGCCAGCGCGCUGAACGUGUUCCUGAUGCGCGGCGAGGAGAUCCGCCAGGGCAUCGACGUGUACCCGGUGCUGUCGGAGGCGGAGAAGGCCAAGCGCGAGGAGACCGGCGAGGCGGUGCAGAGUCUCGGCAAGAGCAAGAAGGCCGCGACCCUGGCGGUCGGCGAGACGGCCAUCAGCCGGGUCUUGAACGCCACGCCCAUCAUGGUGCUGCCGCCGCUGAUCCUGGUGCGGCUGGAGAAGACGGCGUGGUUGAAGGCGCGGCCGAGGAUGAUCAUGCCGCUGAACCUGGGCCUGGUCCUGACGACGUCGCUGUUUGCGCUGCCCCUGGCGCUGGGGGCGUUCCCGCAGCGACAGGCCAUCAGCGCGCAGUCCCUGGAGGAGGAGUUCCACGGGAGGGGAGGAAAGGAGGGACAGGUGGAGUUCAACCGGGGGAUGUAAUGUUUAGAUCGGGUUUAUUUGCUAUUUGAAGGAAGAAAAGAAUUUGGGAGGAAUCGUCGAUCUAGGGCUAUAUAGUGCUGGAUGGAUGUCAAGGACCACAAAAGACUAGAUCAAUAGAAGUUAGAAUAGAUUAGCUUAACGUAAUCCACAAGCGAGCCGCGGAUACAACCGAACCGCGGAUCCUUCGC